AUGAGAAUGCUUUUGCCUUUCCAAUAUGGUAUCAGAGCUAUGCGUUUGUUACUUGCUAUUGCAGCUGCACACGGUUGGUUCCUUAAACAACUCGAUGUGGAUAAUGCUUUUCUACAUGGUGAUUUAAAUGAAGAAAUAUAUAUGAAACUUCCACCAGGGCUUCAACCAGAAUUUUCCAAUCAAGUUUGUCGAUUGCAAAAGUCCUUAUAUGGUCUACGUCAAGCAAGUAGACAAUGGUUCUCAAAAUUGUCAAAUGCUCUAGUUUCUAUUGGUUUCAAACAUUCAGAAUAUGAUCAUUCCUUAUUUACCAAAUCUCAAAAUGGUUCUUUCACAGCCCUACUGGUUUAUGUCGACGAUGUUAUACUUACGGGAAAUUCCCUCAGUAGUAUUGAAUAUGUCAAGAAAUUUCUGCAUGAUACAUUCAAAGUUAAAGAUCUUGGUGAUUUAAAAUAUUUUAUGGACCUAGAAGUGUCACGUUCCCGCAAAGGAAUUCAUCUUUGUCAACGGAAAUAUGCAUUAGAUAUCCUUUCCGAUACUGGUUUGCUUGCUGCUAAGCAAUGUUCAACUCCUAUGGUUCAUGAUUCCAAGCUUUUAUAUGACAGUUCUGCUCCACCUCAUGAUCCUACUGCUUAUCGUCGCAUCAUUGGAAAAUUAUUGUAUCUCACAAAUACAAGACCUGACAUAAGUUUUGUUGUUCAACAACUUAGUCAGUUUAUGCAACAUCCUACCAUUCAUCAUUAUGAAGCUGCCAUGAGAAUCUUGAGAUACAUUAAAAGUGCACCUGCACAAGGAUUGUUUUUUCCAACAGAAUCCUCUCUUCAGCUCAAAGCUUUUAGUGAUUCUGAUUGGGCUUCGUGCUUGACCACACGACGCUCCAUUAUUGGAUUUUGCAUAUUUCUUGGUUCAUCCUUGGUCUCGUGGCGUUCUAAGAAGCAAACCACAGUUUCACGGUCCUCUUCGGAAGCUGAAUAUCGUGCACUUGCAUCAACCACUUGUGAACUUCAGUGGCUCACUUAUCUUCUUCAAGAUCUUCAAAUCUCUUUCAUUCAACCAUCUCUUCUUUAUUGUGAUAGUCAGUCUGCAAGACAUAUUGCUUUAAAUCCCACUUUUCAUGAAAGAACAAAGCAUAUUGAUAUCGAUUGUCAUGUUGUACGGCAACAACUUCAGGCUGGCUUAUUCCAUCUUCUUCCUAUUAGUUCUGCAAAUCAGUUAGCUGAUUUUUUCACCAAAGCUCUUGAAUCUGCAACUUUUUGCAAGCUUCACUCCAAGCUCGGAGUGAUGAACAUUCACUCUCCAGCUUGA